AUGGGUAAAUGGUUGGAUCCGCUCUUUGAAAGCACCCAGCCAAGUGCAGUAUCACCGGUGGAUGACGCAUCUUACGACGAUUCAGAUUGUGAACAUUUCGUUUACACCUCAGUCCCCACCCAAGUUCUCUACUUUCUCAUGUUCCCUGUGGCUUUGUUGCUGAACGGUGUGGCGGCCUGGGUGUCCCUGCACCUUAAAUCCACCUCCACUUUUGUGGUGUAUCUGAAAAAUCUGGUAGCUGCUGACUUGAUCAUGACCUUGAUCAUCCCAAUCAAAGGUGCGAGUGACUUGCCAGGUGCUUCGCAGCAAUUAUACCGGCUUUCGUGUCGCUACUUCAGUGUCAUUUUCUACAGCACCCUGUACACGUGCAUCUCGUUGCUGGGCAUCAUCAGUGUCGACCGAUUCUUCAAGAUCAUGAUGCCCCGCAGCAAGUUGUGUCAGAAUCUGACCUUAAGCAAACUGAUAUCAGGGUCAGUGUGGGUGAUGCAGUUUGGAGGCACAGCUUUGCCAAAUAUCAUUUUAACUAACAAAUCAGGAGAAAAUAUGACAGAGAUUGACAGCUGCAUGAAGCUGAAAGGACCGGCAGGACUUCAGUUCCAUGAAAAGGCAAUCAUUUUUGUCAAUGUUCUCUUCUGGUUCGUCAGUGUGGUCAUUGUGGUCUGCUACAUCGGCAUCGCAAACAAAGUCAUCCAGUCUUUUAGAAACUCCGGCAGCAACAACAACCAGGGCAAGCAGAAAAUCAAACUUCGCGUGUUUCUGGUUGUCAUUGUGUUUUUUGUGGCAUUUGGACCGUAUCACAUCAUCAGGAUCCCGUACACUUUUCAACAAGUCAACUCUUCUUCCUAUGCAGACUGCUCUUAUGUGAUAAGCAAAUUUGUCAAAGACCUCAGCCUCUGGCUUGCUACCACAAACAUCUGCAUGGACCCACUUCUCUACGUCUUUCUGUGUCGAGAGUUCAAGGAGAAACUGACGUCCAUGAUGGAAAACAUUUCGAUGUCAUUUAAAGCAGCUUUGGCAGACAAGGCAGACUGCACCGUGCCACAGUGUAGAUUCCAAUAG